AUGGCGGAAAGAAGGAGCUCCAGGAAGGCGCACAGGAGGGAGGACCACAGGAAGAAGCCCGUGAAGCCGCCGCCGCCGCCGCCGCCGCCACCGCCGUCGUGGGGGGCUGUCUGGGGCAUCCUCACCUGCAAGCGCCGCCAUGCGGAGGCGGGGAGAGCGAGGAACAGGAGAAUCGGCUGCUCCGGCUCGCUGAGAAAGAUCAAGGACGCCUCGAGGGUGAUGCACCGGCCUGCCACGCCCUCCCCACCGGCAAGGAAGAAAUGCUUCACCGGCGGCGGCGCCGGUGCCGGCGCCAGCGGAGCUGUAUCUUCCUCACACUCUUCUCUCUCCUCUUCCUCUCUGACGACUGGUCCGUCUUCUUCCUCCUCCUCCGCCGGGGGGUCCUUCCGUGUCCUCCACCUGAGGAGGCUCUCCGGCUGCUACGAGUGCCACACGGCGGGCGACCCCGUCAAUGGCGCAGUGAGGGACUCUUCUCUGAGAACCAUCUCGCCAUGCCCGGACUGCGGCGAGAUGUUCUUGAAGCCCGAGAGCCUGGAGCUCCACCAGGCCGCGAGGCACGCAGGUGGGCUUUCUUCUGCAAUUCUUCCGCCAUGGUUCCGAAGCUCUGAGGAAUUCGUCCUCCUGAUCUCUCCGCAUGCUUUCCCUCGCAGUGAUGGAGCUUGGCCCAGACGACACCAGCAGGAACAUCGUGGAGAUCAUCUUCCAGUCGAGCUGGAUGAAGAAGGAGACCCCCGUCUGCAAGAUCGAGAGGAUCCUCAAGGUCAACAACACGAAGAAGACGAUCUCCAGGUUCGAGGAGUACAGAGAUUCAGUGAAGACCAGGGCCGGGAAGCUCCCCAAGAAGCAUCCCCGGUGCGCCGCCGACGGGAACGAGCUCCUGAGGUUCCACUGCACUUCCUUGGUCUGCACCCUGGGGGCCGGCGGCCGAGCCGGCCUCUGCCAGGCGGUGCCCCCCUGCGGCGUCUGCAGCAUCAUCAGAGACGGUUUCAGGGCCGUCGGGGAAGAAGGGAUCGCGACCAUGGCCACCAGCGGGAGGGCGCACGACGCCGCCCAUGCGCCGGCGGGGGAGGCGGCGGACGGCGGCGCGAGGGCGAUGCUGGUAUGCCGGGUGAUUGCCGGGAGAGUGAAGAAGAACCAGGAAGCCUCCGCGGAGGAGAACGACUCCAUCGCCGGCGCCGCCGGAGCUUACUCCACCAUGGACGAGCUCUACGUCUUCAACCCUAGGGCCAUCUUGCCCUGCUUCGUGGUCAUCUACGGGGGUUUCUAG